GUAUCUUCAAGGCAAUGGACCUGGAAAGAGAGGCUACCUACAAGUCAGUUGCUAGCUAGCUGGCUAGCUAGCGAGAAGAAUGCAAAAUUUACAGUGUCAUGAACACAAACACCUAAUAACAGAAUGAAUGAUAUCAAUCUGAGUCCUGUGGGGAUGGACCAGUUGAAUGUGCCCUCAGUGAGUGGGAGCCACCUGGGCCUACCCACCUCCCCCACCCACAACCCCAUUGCCGCACCAGGCAUGCCAGUGGCCAUUCCAAACCUAGGUCCUUCCCUGGGGUCUCUGCCCUCUGCGCUCUCCCUCAUGCUGCCAAUGGGUCCAAUUGGAGACAGGGGGGUGAUGUGUGGCAUUCCAGAGAGGAACUACACCUUGCCCCCGCCCCCUUACCCCCACCUGGAGAGCAGCUACUUCCGACACAUCCUGCCAGGUAUCUUGUCCUACCUUGCAGACCGUCCACCGCCUCAGUAUAUCCACCCCAGCAGCCUUAACAUGGACGGUACGCUGUCUGUGUCCAGCAACAACCCCUCUGGUCUGGACCCUUACAAUGCUCCCGGGGGGCCCCUGGAGCAAGGCCUGGUGUCCCUGGACUCUCGGCAGGUGGGGGGGCAGGGGGGCCUCCACCAGGGGGCGGCCCACGAGGUGCAGCUGGACGCUGGUCUGAGCAUGGAGUCCCGCGUUAGCAGCCCCAUAUCACCGGACAGAAUGGGCGAGGAGCUGGCCACGAUGGAGGGCGUGGUGGCGGAGACCCAGCAGCUGAGCGGGAGGCCCCGGAACCAUGAGGGCCUGGGGGGGGUGGACGGGUCGGCAGGGGUGAUGCCCCUGCACGGGCCGGGCCUGGAUCUGCCCGUGGUGAUGGAGCAGGAGCAUCUCGGCGGGAGAGUGGGCGGAGCCGGAGCAGGAGGAGGAGGAGCGGGAGGCCUGGGAGAGCCGUUACAUUCCUCUGGGGGUCUGAACUCUGGUGCGGUCAGCGUGGUGCUGGCGGGGUCGCAUUCUCACCCAUCCAUGGCGCCCCCACCCCAGCUGGAGCCUGUCUCCCUCCACGGGCCCCCCACCAUGGGGCUGGAGCCAGUCAGCGUGUCCCCCAUCACGGCGGAGGUGUCCCUGGGGCCUGACAGUAGCCUGGUGUUGGUCAACUCAUCUUUGCAGCUGGAAGACUCCACUUCCAACAAGGAGAACAUGGCCACUGCCUUCACAAUAUGGUGCACACUGUGUGAACGCUCAUACCCCUCCGACUGCCCUGAGCACGGUCCUGUCACCUUCAUCCCCGACACGCCCAUCGAGAGCCGCGCCCGCCUCUCCCUGCCACGGCCUCUGUGCCUCCGGGUGUCUGUGGCAGACGAGCCCCUUGGUGUGUUUGCACGAGAGACCAUACCUGUUAGGACCUGCUUUGGGCCCAUGGUCGGGCAGCACUGCAGCACUGUGGACCUGACAGACUGGUCGGACAAGAACACCCCUCAUGUGUGGAAGAUGUUCCAUAAUAAUGUGCUGGAGUUCUGCAUUGUGACAACCGAUGAGAACGAGUGCAACUGGAUGAUGUUUGUUCGUAAAGCAAGGACUGGGGAGGAGCAGAACCUGGUGGCCUAUCCUGACAACGGGAAGCUGUACUUUUGCUCAUCCAGAGAGAUCCUCCCAGAUCAGGAGCUGCUUUUCUACUACAGCCGGGACUACAGCAGGCAGAUGGGUGUUCCAGAGGUUCCAGAUGGCCAGGUGUGUCACUGUGGCAAGGAGUGUGCCUCAUUCGCAGAGCUGAAAUCUCACCUAAGCAGCCACACCCACAGUCACGCUCACAGCAACCACACCCACAGCCCGACGCAGACCCACCCGGCGCACCACACCCACCACGCCCAUCACGAAGGCAAGCUGGCCAGCGGUAGCUCCAGCGCAGCCUCCUCCUGGCCCGGCCACGCCCACGGCCACGCCCGGGAGAGGAAGUUCAAGUGCAGCAUGUGCUCCAGGGCGUUCACUUCCUCCACCAAGCUCAACGUGCACUUCAUGGGCCAUGUGGGCAUGAAGCCACACAAGUGUGAGUACUGCAGCAAGGCCUUCAGCGACCCCAGCAACCUGCGCACACACCUCAAGAUCCACACAGGUCAGAAGAAUUACAGGUGCAAUGUGUGUGAGAAGUCGUUCACACAGAAAGCCCACCUGGCGUCACACAUGGUGAUCCACACAGGAGCCAAGAAUCUCAAAUGUGACCACUGUGACAGGAUGUUCAUGAGGAGACAAGACCUGAAACAACACAUGCUCACUCACACACAAGAGCGGCAGAUACGCUGUCCGAAGUGUGACAAGCUGUUCUGGAGGUCCAACCACCUGAAGAAGCACCUGAACUCCCACGAGGGUCGGCGAGACUAUAUCUGCGAAAAGUGCAGCAAGGCUUUCCUCACCAAAUACCACCUCACCCGCCACCUCAAGAUAUGCAAGGGCCCCAAGACCAGCGGGGAGGCCCUCCAGGAAGAGGAUGAAGAGGAGGAGGAUGACGAUGAAGAGGAGGACGAGGAAGGGGAUGUCGAGGGGCUGAUUGAUCCAGUCAGCAGGGAGGACUGUGGUCUAGGAGUUGCAGGGUACACCUCUGACAAAACUCUGUCCCCACAUCAGUGACUGUAGCAGCAGGGAGUGACUGCACUGUGCCUGUCUUGAUAUUUAUUAUAUUUAUUUCCAUUUUUAUGUCUUUUUUCUGUUUGUUUGUUUUGCCAAAAUCUUAUCUGCAUGGUAAGGUUUAGAGGCUUGGUGCUUGUAACCUACCAAGUUCUCUGUAGCUUUUGAUCAUUGUACAAACUUUAAAUAAUGCCUCAUUUACAAAAAACAUGGGUAACUUGGAAUUGAGCUGUCUGUUAAAGUGCAGAAGAAGCUCUAGUUAUGUGCUGAAUGAGUCCAACGUCUGCAGAAAGAAGGUACAGAGCAGGAAAAGUACUCCUUUGUUAAUGUCAAAGAUGAAUAUUAACACCUGUAUACUUGUGAUUACCAGAAAAU